GUCGUACGCUACUCUCUCUCUCUCUCUCUCUCUCUCUCUCACAUAGAGGGGUUUGGUUUGGUAAAUUUGGUCUCGAUGGCUUGUCCAAACCCACUGUACCAUCUCUGGUUCUUCAACACCCAAAGAGCCAAUCUUUAUUGCCUCACCUUCAUAGCCGUCCUCUGUUCCUUCUUCUACCUCAUCGGAAUCUGGACCCACUCCACCAUCAUCCCCAUCCCCAUCACCUCCUCCUCCUCCGCCGGCGCCGCGACCCAAUGUUCCCUCCAACCCCUCAUCGCCACAAGAUCCGCCGCCGUCACACUCGACUUCAGGGCCCACCACAUGGCCGCAGACCCACCACCCACGGCGGCGCGUGUCCUCCACCUCCCACCCUGCGAUCCCAAACUCUCAGAGUACACGCCAUGCGAGGACGCCAAAAGGUCCCUGAAGUUCGACAGAAACAUGUUGAUAUAUCGAGAGAGACACUGCCCUGAACCCAACGAGGUUCUCAAGUGUCGCGUCUCAGCCCCGCAUGGCUACACGGCGCCGUUUCACUGGCCUGAGAGCAGAGAAAACGUUUGGUACGCUAACGUGCCCCAUAAAUGGUUAACGUUCGAGAAGAAGAAACAGAAUUGGGUCCGGUUCGAGAAAGACCGGUUCAAGUUCCCUGGCGGUGGGACCAUGUUCCCCAACGGUGCUGAUGCGUACAUUGAUGAUAUUUCCAGGUUGAUUAAUCUCAAAGAUGGUUCUAUAAGAACCGCCAUUGAUACUGGUUGCGGGGUUGCUAGUUGGGGAGCAUAUCUUCUUUCACGUAACAUUGUGACAGUGUCAUUUGCACCAAGAGAUACGCAUGAAGCUCAGGUCCAAUUUGCUCUUGAACGAGGAGUACCAGCAUUGAUUGGAGUUCUUGCUUCAAUUAGGCUUCCUUAUCCUUCAAGAGCCUUUGACAUGGCUCACUGCUCACGUUGCCUCAUUCCUUGGGGCCAGUACGAUGGGCUUUAUUUAAUUGAAGUUGAUCGAAUUUUACGUCCUGGUGGGUAUUGGAUUCUGUCUGGGCCACCAAUAAACUGGGAGAAACACUGGAAAGGCUGGAACAGAACACAACAAGAUCUUAAGGCAGAGCAGACUGGUAUUGAGAAUGUAGCAAAAAGUCUAUGCUGGAAAAAACUAAAACAGAAGGAUGACCUUGCUAUUUGGCAGAAACCCACUAAUCAUAUCCAUUGCAAGAUCAAUAGGAAGGUUUUCAAGAAACCACAAUUCUGCCAGGCACAGGAUCCAGACAAGGCCUGGUACACUAAAAUGGAUAAAUGUUUGACCCCACUUCCUGAAGUUUCUGACAUUAAAAAAGUGUCAGGUGGGACAUUAGCAAAAUGGCCAGAAAGGCUAACUUCAAUUCCACCAAGGAUUAGUGAAGGAACUUUGAAGGGAAUUACAGCUGAGACUUUCACAGAAAAUACAGAGCUAUGGAAAAACAGAGUAGCACAUUAUAAGACCUUGGACUAUCAACUAGCUGAGCCUGGCAGGUACCGUAACUUGCUGGAUAUGAAUUCUUACUUAGGAGGAUUUGCAGCUGCACUAGUUGAUGAUCCAGUGUGGGUUAUGAACAUUGUACCGGUUGAGGCUGAGAUCAAUACCCUUGGAGUCAUCUAUGAACGUGGAUUGAUUGGAACAUAUCAAAAUUGGUGCGAGGCCAUGUCCACGUACCCGCGUACUUAUGACUUCAUCCAUGCUGAUUCAGUUUUUAGCCUCUACAAAGACAGAUGUGAUAUGGAAGAUAUUCUUUUAGAGAUGGAUCGGAUUUUAAGGCCAGAAGGUAGUGUGAUAUUCAGAGAUGAUGUAGAUUACUUGGUAAAAAUAAAGAGCACAUUAGAUGCAAUGCAAUGGGAUAGCAGAAUUGUAGACCAUGAAAUGGGACCCCAUCAGAGAGAGAAGAUUUUAUUGGCAGUCAAGCAGUAUUGGACAGCUCCAGCACCUCAAGAAGGCAAAAACGCUUCAUAAUGCUAAUCUUGCUCUGCUUUAUUGAUUAAAUUCUUCAAUUUUUCUGUUAAUAAUUUAAUCAGAAACUGAUUCUUUGACACACCCACAUUUUUUUUUUUUUAAUUUUUUUGGGUGGGGGUAGAUAACAGAAAAAAGCCUUUGUUUUUUAUGCUCUCUUGUUCCAAAGGUUUUUCCUAUCAGUAAUGAUCGUUGCAAUACUCAUCUUAUCUA